AUCAAAGAUACACACUCAAGUGAAGUUGUCUAAGAGAAAAGCUAGAAUGAUUGGCAUGGGCUUCCGCAGUCACACAUCUUUGUUAAUAAUUCUCUUCGGUUUUGUUGGCUUAUGCUCCUUUACAGUUGAAGCAGCCAUAAAGAAAUACCAAUUUGAUGUGAGUUUGAAGAAUGUGAGUAGACUAUGCCAUGCAAAACCCAUUGUUACAGUAAAUGGGAGGUACCCAGGGCCAACGAUUUAUGUUAGAGAAGGAGAUAGGGUACAAGUUAACGUCACCAACCAUGCAAAAUAUAACAUGUCAAUUCACUGGCAUGGACUUAAACAAUAUCGCAAUGGUUGGGCGGAUGGACCAGCUUAUAUUACACAAUGUCCAAUCCAGACCGGUAGCAGCUACACUUACGACUUCAAUGUCACAGGGCAAAGAGGAACAUUGUGGUGGCAUGCUCAUAUUCUUUGGUUGAGAGCUACUGUGUAUGGUGCAAUUGUUAUCAUGCCUAAACAAGGGACUCCAUUUCCUUUUCCACAGCCAGCCAGAGAAUUUGAAAUUCUGCUAGGAGAAUGGUGGAACAAUGACGUGGAAGAGGUUGAAACGCAAGGGAAUCAAAUGGGGUUGCCACCAAAUAUGUCAGAUGCACAUACAAUCAAUGGGAAGCCAGGACCACUUUUUCCUUGCGCAGAGAAACAUACAUUUGCAAUGGAGGUUGAGAAAGGCAAGACUUACCUACUGAGAAUCAUCAACGCUGCCCUUGAUGACGAGCUUUUCUUUGCCAUUGCUGAUCACAGCCUGACAGUAGUUGAGGUUGACGCAGUUUACACAAAACCCUUCACAACUCAAGCAAUACUAAUUGCACCUGGUCAAACCACAAACGUUUUAGUCAAGGCCAACCAAGUAGCUGGAAGAUACUUCAUGGCUACAAGGACCUUUAUGGACGCUCCAAUCCCAGUUGACAAUAAAGCCGCAACAGCUAUAUUCCAAUACAAAGGCAUUCCAAACACUGUCCUCCCUUCUCUUCCUUUACUUCCUGCUCCCAAUGACACAAGUUUUGCUUUGAGUUACAUCAAGAAAUUAAGGAGCUUAAACUCUGCCCAAUACCCCGCUAAUGUUCCACUCAAAGUUGAGCGAAACCUCUUUUUCACCAUCGGUUUGGCCAAGAACUCUUGCCCUACAUGCAUCAAUGGAACCCGGUUACUUGCUUCCUUAAACAACGUGUCUUUUUCGAUGCCCCAAACCGCACUUCUCCAAGCUCACUACUUCAAUAUCAAGGGGGUUUAUAGAACUGAUUUUCCUGACAAGCCAUCAACUGCUUUUAACUAUACUGGUGUACCACUCUCGGCUAACCUUGGCACUUCAACAGGCACAAGAAUUAGCAAGAUUCCCUUUAAUUCUACAGUGGAGUUAGUUUUGCAAGAUACUAAUCUCCUCACUGUUGAGUCUCACCCAUUCCAUCUUCAUGGCUAUAACUUCUUUGUUGUUGGAACUGGGAUUGGUAAUUUUGAUCCUGCAAAAGACCCAGCUAAAUACAACUUGGUUGAUCCUAUUGAGAGAAACACUGUUGGAGUUCCCACUGGUGGAUGGACGGCAAUUCGUUUCAGGGCUGAUAAUCCAGGUGUUUGGUUCCUGCAUUGUCAUUUGGAGCUCCACACUGGUUGGGGGUUGAAAACGGCUUUCCUUGUGGAAGAUGGAGCAGGACAAGAUCAAUCUGUUCUGCCUCCACCGAAGGACCUUCCAGCAUGCUAGCCGAAAGAGAAAUUGUCAACGACCUUGGAUUGUUAUUUGUAUCGUAUGGAACAACACUAUUCUGUUUAACUUCUAUCAUCUGUUAAUACU